AUGUGUAAUCUCUUCAGUAUUUUUUAUAUUCCAUCACUCCAUCUUACCCUUUGCUUCACUCUCGAUCCUUUUACUGAAGUUUUGGGACGUUGGUUUAUUGUUGUAGGUAACCCAAGCGAGGAGUAUCAACUGCCGUACUACGAGAAAGUCCAAUCAGACCCAAGCAUCGAGGAAAUGAAAGAGACUGUUUGCAACCAGAAAUACCGACCUUCUUUUCCAAAGACAUGGUACCAAAAUCCGGUAAGAUGUAUGGACAUAAUCGUGAUUGCCUUGUCAUUUGUUGUUCUAUUAUUACCUAUGGGGUGGGUGUUAUCAGGCUGUUACACUAGAUAGCUUAAGAUCUACGACGUCGACGUCAGGACUAAGCAGAAGACUGGGACUAGGACGUCGUCCUAAAUAAAUAAACUUUCACUUAAGAUUCGCGACGUAGAUAUUUAAACUAUAAAUAUUUACAUCCUUUUGAAAAUGAAUUUGAAACAGACGUGCGAACUAUUACCGUUUGUUAUGCUCGUGUACUUACGACGGUAAAACUCUUGUUGCGAGGUUGUCGACGUUUGGUGGACGACGAGCAAAUAGAGAGAGAGACACAUGCACACUUAAAAAACUAUUACCAAUGGACCAUUCCCCAAUUAACCAAAAUUUUGAUCUCAACAAGUCUAGACAAAAUUCCAUCAUAGCAUGAAAGAGCACCACAAAAUUAGUAAUAUUCCAAAGUUUCGUUGCGAAAUGUUGUAAAAUGCGGAUAAUAUAGCCUUGCGAAAUUUGCAAUUUUCAGUCAUUUUAGAUUACAAACGGGAAACGGUUACCACUUUUCCAAAAUUUUGAUCUUAACUAGCCUAAACAAAAAUUUCAUCACAGCUUGGAAGAGCAUCAACGAAACUUUGCAACGAAACUUUGGAAUAUUACUAAUUUUGUGAUGCUCUUUCAAGCUGUGAUGAAAUUUUUGUCUAGACUUGUUGAUUUCAAAAUGUUGGUAAAUUGGGGAAUGGUCCAUUUACUUCCGCUUGCCGCCCUAAAUAUUUGACGUCGUAGAUACUUGAGCUAUCUAUUGUUCACAUCAUGUUACAAUGCUGCACAAUAGUAGUUGUAGAGGAUCCCAAGCGCGAGUAAUUCCAUGUUCUGUAUGUUAUUCCAUGCAAAAAGAGACUAAUGCAUUUGCAUCUCUCUACCGUUACAGAUCAUGAAAGGCAUGACUAAAAUUAUGCAAGAAUGUUGGUACGAGUGCAGUGCUGCACGUCUCCCUGCGUUGCGAGUCAAGAAAAGUCUUAUCAAUUUGAAAUGCGAUGAUCCAGUUGACGUAUAAAUGAAGAAAUGAACAUCCACAUUACUUGUGGAAGAUCGAGGCGAACGAUAUAUGCAAGCAAGACAGGGUAUACUUUACUGUAGAGUUGAAGCAAGUCUGCACUUUGCUUUAUAUCAGAGACAGUGGACUAUAUGGAGAGUGUUGAGGAUUACGUGGUCGAAUGCCUUCGUUUCGUCUGGUAGUUUUAUACAGAAAUUGGAGUCAAACGUUUGCAAGCACUGGUAUUAACUUUAAAGUGCUUAUACAACGAAAUUUCACAUCAUUUUUUUUUAUUCCAUUGUAAAGAAAAUUCAAAGAUAACUUUGCGAAACUAUUUUAGCGUGACUUGUUCUUGAGAUAGUUAACAAUUUUUUAUAUGCAAAGUAAAUUAUUCUCACUAAGUUGGUGUGAAAUUUCAUUGCAUAAGCAUUUUAAGAGUCAAGUUGACUACACAUUUUAAAGGACGAGUUUGAAGGACAGUUUAGUAUUCUGUUUUAUCUUGGUAUGGUAUUUUGGCAUAGUAUUUAUUCCGUUGUACUGAAGAGUACUAUAGUUUCAGUUUUAUAAGUUCGCGUAAGGACUCCGUCUGCUUCACUAUUGUUUAGUACUAUAGGGGCUGUUGUUAUGGUAAUGAGAAAUUUCAACUCAUCUUCGUAAAAAUCUUAAUAGUCCAUUUCUAGCCGACAAAUUUCGAGAAAACAUAUAGAAAACAUAUUCCGAAUACAAGCUCAUCUUGUGCACUCAAGAUUGGAGUGAUCAACAAAGAUAACACCUGCAUAUACGGUAUUAGUAUUUUUGCACAAGUGAACAUAACAAAUCCUACACGUUGAUUGGUCAAAUUUGACGUAUAAAGCCGUUAUAUUCACCUACAGGUGAAUAUAACAAAACCGAAAUUUUCAAAAUGGCGGCUAGCUGUUUUGUGAAAGUUACUGAUAAAGAAAUAAGCGAAAUUAAAAUAUAUAUUCAGUCCCAAAAACACGAAGGCUUGUGUAAAAAUACUAAAACAAUUAUUCGCCUCAGGCUCGGUGAUUAUCGGGGAAUAUUCACCUCGCCUUCGGCGAAUAAUUGUUAAAUAUUUCCAUUUUAGCAUAUACUCGCGAGGUGGAUAUAACGAAUUUCAUGCAUUUUGAUUCAUUGAUUGGUUGCUCAGCUCCGAAUAUCCUUAAAUUGGUUAAAACAAUUAUCCACCUCAGUGUCGCGGUGAAAAGUGUAAGGAUAUUCAAAUCUUUUUGGCGUUCCUCUCAAAAUUACUUUGUUUUAGCUUUAUCCUCUAGUUUAUAGAGUUAGCAACCUUUUUAAAUGCAUCUGCCGGUUGAGAAACAUAAAAUAAUAGUUAAAAAUUGUCAAUUAAAAUACAAUUAUCAAUGAUGCUUUAAAAUUGACGCCAUAUUUACAGCCAUAUAAGCAAAACUUACUGAACUUCAGACAUCAUUUUCUCUUUGGCGUAUCAUCUAAAAUCUCUUCAUUUCGGCAUUAUUUUACAGAUAAAGCACUAAACAUACUUUUUAAGUUUGUUUGCCGAUUGAGAAACGUAUCGAAAAAUAAAAAUUUUGAAUUUAGUCAUAACCUCAAGUGAUAUAUUAUCCGCAUUAGUUUUGAGCGCGUGUUACGUAACAUACAAAAAAAUCUCUUAAUGAUUUCAAAAUCAUCAAACCUGCAUGACAGUCAUUUUGUUUUCCUUGUUGAUUACUCGCGUCUUGAGUGCACAAGAUGCUUCUACUGUUUGGAGUAAAGGCCGUUUUCCACUUCAAUCGAAACGAACACCGCGGAAAAACGUCUGCGCAUGCGUCAACCUUACCUGUAAUAGUAUUGCGAACUUGAUGAGAAGCUGUUCCGAACGUUUCCGAAGGCUCAAAAUGGCGGUAAAAAGGAGUGACUUCAUUGUGCGUCUUUACAGCCAGAUUUCAAGCGCAAAAAUAAACAUGUCAUUCUAAAAACUAGAAAUAAAUACAGCCAGAAGGUUCAAGAAAUUGCAUUGUACAAGAACAUGAACUAAAGGUGAUUGUUGACAAAUUUAUCGUCUGAAACAUUUUGU